CUAAUACUUUAUUUUAGAAGGUUGCCUUUUUACUUGCAAUGGCAUGUGACCAUAUGAUAUUUUAAAAGAGAGAAAUGCAUGGAAAUUAUUUUCUUAAUCUUAACUUGAUUUUUUUUUCAGGACUGCAAAUCAACUGAACAUGGUUGAUUCAAGGAAUACUUCAGAAAGUAACUGCGAUAGAAAUGAAAUCAUUACACAACAAAUUAUUCCAUUGCUCUACGGUUUCAUCUUCAUAGGUGGAAUACUGUUAAAUGCAGUGGCAGCUUGGAUCUUUCUUCAUAUUCCUAGCAAGACAAGUUUUAUUGUUUAUCUCAAGAACAUUGUCGCAGCCGACCUUAUUAUGAGCUUAACUUACCCUUUUAAAAUAGUUUUUCACUCCAAAAUUGGACAUUGGCAGCUCGACUUUGUUUUCUGCCGCUUUUUUGCUGUCAUCUUUUACCUAAAUAUGUAUAUUAAUAUAACAUUAUUUGGACUCAUUGGCUUUGACAGAUGCUUUAAAGUAAUGAAGCCCCAAUUCAGCACUUCUGCUUUCAGUGUCCGGUGUAGCAAAAUUGUAUGUCUGGUCUUAUGGCUGCUACAGAUUGUUAUCUCUUUUCCCAAUAUUAUUUUAACAAACCAACUUCCUACAAAAAACAAUUCAAUUGACUGUAUGAAGUUCAAAAGCCCUCUUGGAGUCCAGUGGCACUUAGUUUCAAACUACACAUGCCUAGGAACUUUCUGGAUUGUGUUUUUUCUCCUAAUUGUCUUCUACAGUUCCAUUGCCAAGAAAAUAUAUAUUUCCCACCAAAAAUUUAAGAAAAACUCCACACUGGCAAAGAAAAAGACCAACCGAAACAUUUUCACCAUCAUGUUUGUGUUUAUCGUUUGCUUUGUUCCAUAUCACCUGGUCAGAGCCCCAUAUACUUUAAAACAAAUCAAACCUGAUUAUGAUUGUGAGAUUGAAAAUAUACUGUAUUACCUAAAAGAAUUUACAUUGAUACUGUCAGCUGCAAAUGUUUGUCUUGAUCCAGUUAUUUACGUAUUCCUUUGUCAACCGUUUAAGGAAAAACUGUACCAAAAAUUGCAUCUGAAAGUUAAAACAUUUGAAGAGUUCAAAAAUUCUAAAUCAAUGUCAAAUGCUAUUGCUGAAACAGUUACUAAUUUAUAA